AUGGAGUUGAUACGUGGCAAGACCUUUAUAAAAAGCUGUGCACAAAAUCCUACUGAAAAUGUAUCCUCUUGUGGAGUUAAAGUAAAAAAGAAUGUUGAUUCCAAGAGACAUUUCAAUGAAUGUACUUUUAAAAGAAAUGACUCAAAUACGCAAGGAAUAUCCAGUAGAACAGGUGUGAAUGAAGAAAGGGACAGUUGUCAUAGCAGAAAAUGUACCGGUAUUACAAAAAGCAAAACACACGACUGUGUCAAUAGAGAACACAAACUAGAGCAAGGAAUAUCAGAAACUGAAAAAAAUAGACUUUCCAGUAGUAUCAGUUUCCCGGGUGAUGACCUUCGUAGAAGGAACGAUCCACAAUCAGCCUAUAGGAGACAUAUUAUCGACUAUCGGAAUUUCGUGCCUCAGAUGCCUUUUGUCCCAUCAGUGGCCAAAUCCUUACCAAGAAAAAGGAUUUCUUUAAAGAGAUCUAAAAAAGGUUUAAAGGAUAUAUUCAGUCUAAAGAAAAAUAAACAGCAAGAUGUCAUAUCAAUAGCAGAAAAUGUGAGGUUAGGACCACAGGUAUUUAAAAUGAAGGCAGGACAAAGCGUAACAAAACAGCAUUUAAAAAAGUCAGAAGAGAUGGAUUCUGAUGAAUUGUUGACUCAUGAGUUAUCAGACAAUGACAUGCAUGUUGACACAAUUGGGACUUGCAAUGUGUUAUGUGAAGACGUGGCUUCAUUGAAAAGCUUUGAUUCUUUUACUGGCUGUGGGGAAAUAUUUGCAGAUGAAAGCUCAGCUUACAUUGAUAUGGAGAAAGGUAAGGAUGGACCAAGAGUAAUGUUUAUCGCCAAAGCAUGUCCUCUAGCCAGUAAUUUUCAAGGAGGGGUAGAACGAUUAGCUUCACCGGCUAAAUCAGAAAAAAUAGACUUUGCUCAACUUUGUGGACGUGCAGGUUCUUCUACAAAAAGCGUACGUCCAAAUUCACUUAUUGAUAAUAAAUUACUGACAGCUUCAAAUGAUGUACUAACAAAGGAAAGUCCAACUGUAUCUAGAGAUCAGCUUUCUAACUCUACUUAUAAUGACUUAGUCUCUUCUAGUGAGUAUGUUACUGAUGCUGGAUCCCCUGUUUCUACAAGCGAUGAAGGGUAUUAUGAUUCCUUUUCUCCUGGAACUGACGACGACAAAAAUGUUAUCGAUACACCUAGAUCACUUCCAAGAGAUAGUUACAGUGGUGAUGCACUUUAUGAGUUAUUUCAUGAAUCAGAAGAAACAAAACUAAGCCCUGUUACAGAUUGUGUGGUGUCCUCAUUAUCAAAUCAUACUGAUAACCCUACAUCAGUCUACAGUUUUUUUGUAGGAUCUGAAGAAAGUAUGGCUUCUCAACCAGACAAAGAUCUAGUUGGAGACAGCAUUUUACAAAGCACGUGGAAAGGGAAAGAAUGUUUUUUAAAACUGUGUGACACCGAGCUGUCUUUAACAAUGGGAUUGGUAAAUUGGUUAAAGAAAACAGGCAAAGUUAUUGAAAUCCAAGAAACAAGCCUCAAUAAUUAUUGUCGUCAAACAGAAAAGCAAGAAGAUAUCAAAUCACCCUUAACAAUUUCAAGUGACUCUAUUCAUGAAAGCAACGAAAAGCAAAUAUCAAUGCAGUGGCAAACCUAUGAAGAAAGAUGUUCUGGCAAACCUUAUCUAGCUAAUGAUUCUGAACAUUCUAAAACAGAUCAUUUUUCUACUUCACAACAAGAGGAGCCGUUUUCUGGACUUCAGUGUCCUCCCCAACCUAUGUCUGAGUUACUUUCAAAGGACCAGAUCUCACUUUUAAAAAAUUUAACCAAUAGCGGGAAACAUAGAAUGGACUUAAGCAAUCCAUAUUUAUUAAGGUUAGCUAACAUUAAUUCUUUGCCUCUAUUAAGCAAUAUGGAUGUAUUAUCCUGUUUUAAACAUGAAAAACUUAACAGUUUACAUUGUCACGACUUACAGUAUCUAAAAGGGUGUUUAUCUCCAUUACUGUGGGCAAGUGAUAAAAAUGUGAUCCAAAUGAUGGAGAAUUGUGCUACUCAAGUUGCAUCAAUGCAUAUAAACCACAGAGACAAAAGCAUGGAGCAGGAAAACAAUGUACAUGUUGAAAAAACAAGAGAACUGCACAACAUACCCCAUGGAGUAAAGAACCCAACCAAGAAUCAAGAUUGCAGAGAUCAGCAAAUAGUUCCUCACCCAACAUUAUCCAUUACUUGUGAGCUUGGCAACAAACAUGUGGAAUUUAAUGACCUUGGGCGCACAACUGAGUCUGCUAAAAAAAUAAGUGAAAUAGUUGAGAGCAAAAACACAGAAUCUGAACAACUAUAUGAUAAAGAAUGUGCUAUUAAAAAAGAUGUUAGACCAUCACUUGCAGAGGGAUCCAAACCUCAGUGGUUUAAUACCAGGACUAAUUUCCUACCCCUGUUUGGUUCUCGGUGUUCUUCUGUGAUUUCAGACUGUCCUUCAACUUUGUACAAGGUCUGCAAUACAGGAGAGACUGUAAUAUUCCUAAACACAAAGAAGUGUGAUGAACCAUUUUGUAGUACUGAAAAUAUAACCCAGGGUUCCAAUGUCACAUUCCAUGUCGAAUCCUCUAGAAACACGACACAGUUUCAAACAGUCACAGCUGCACGCAAUGGUGAGUUUUGGAAACGGUUUAAAAAUAAUUUUCUGAUUAUUGAGAUUUGUCAGACUUCAUAAUUCCUGCUUAAAUGUCCAAUUCAUGAAAUUUGAACACAUCAUGGUUUUAUUAAAAGAAAACACACGUUCUCCUAGGAUAGACACCUUCAUUUUCUGGAUCUAAAUUCAGUGUCCUUGCCAGACCGUCUCCUUGGUUCUUUUCUGUCCUCCUUUUUUUUUUUUUUUCGUACCCUACCCUUCCUCUCCACCCCUACUCUAAGUUUUUUUUGUGUUCUUCUUUUUCCGCCUCAAAGGUAGUUGUUCUAUUCCCAUGACCACCAUCUCUACUUCCUAUGUUUUGGCCUUUGCACGUAAAACUUUAAAUCUCUGUCUUUUCUUUUCGUUUCUACAUAUUUACUAUAAGUUAUUGUUAUAUUUUACCUCUGCUGAUAUAUAUAUUUUACUGCAAAAAAAAGUUUAAUAAAAGUAGUGUCUGGAUAGAUUUUUCUAACAAAGCAUUGAUGUAGACCCAGGGGUGCUUCAAAUGUAUCUUCAGUUUUUAAGGUUCUGAGUCAAAUAGAAUGUCAAAUACUAAUUACUGCAACCAGACUUUAACCCUAUCUGUAAGCCAACUAAAUGAGUUUAGAAUCAUAGUUGUGAGUUAUUUAAAGUUAAGAAAGAGGAAUUUGUAAAAUGUCCACUUUACGGAGCUUGAAGUAGGGAAAUUAACGUAUGAGAAAGAAAUGUAAUGCAAAAAAAAUCAAAUAAAAAAAAUCAAAUCUUACUUCUUAAUUUAUAUUCUAUUUUUCUUUUCAUUGCAGGUUUUAGAAAUAGCAAAGAAGAAGUGAAAUAAGAAAGAAAAAGAAUAAUGCAAGCGAUAUUAUGAUGUUGAAUGAUCAAUGAACACAAAACUGUAAAUAGUCUUCAAGUCUCGUUUAUAAUUACCAAUUACAUGCAUAGAAAAUAGAUAUACAAUGUAACUGCAAUGAUGACCAGUCAGGGUGAGAUUACCUAUAAGGCAGCCUUAAGCAGGUGUCUAGGGCUUUCAGCAAUGUUGGGGACCCAGCCUUACACAGUCCCAAUGUAACAGAUUAUAGACAGGUUUGGACCCCAUGCUGUGAUGUGAUAGUGAUUUGUGAGAGAUCUUAGCUAGCUUUUGUGUGUUUACAAUCCUUUAAACCUUUCUGUGUGUGUGAUCGUGUCUCUGACCCCUUAAACCUGUGUAUUUGUGAUCCUUUGGUCCUAUGAUCCCCAGUUCUUGUGACCACUAAAUCCUCUGUGUAUGUGAUAUCAACACUACAAAUAUUUCACCAGGUGUGUCAAUGG